ACUUGAUCCUUGCAAACCAUCCUCAGUGACUUAAAGAAAACCAGUGAAAUUAAACAUGAAGAUAACUGUCUUCAUAUUCUUUUUUGCCUCACUUCUUCUAAUCACUUCAUCUCUUACUUCGGCUACUAUCUCAGGUGGUGGUGGUGCGGUAGCUCCAGCUCCGGAGAUAAAAGAUGGAGCAGAGUUAGAGAAAUGGUGUGGAGGGAAGUGUGAAAAGAGAUGCGAAGAAGCGGGGAUGAAGGAUAGAUGUUUAAAGUAUUGUGGGAUAUGCUGCAAAGAGUGUAAGUGUGUUCCUUCAGGAACUUCCGGGAACAAGCAAGAGUGUGCUUGCUAUCGUGACAAGCUCAGCAGCAAAAAGACCCCCAAGUGUCCUUGAUUAUACAUCUCGAUCUCCAUCCAAAUUUCUAAAUAAAUAAAAAAGACAGAUCCUAUUAACAAAAUAUAAUUGGAUCUUUUGCUUAUGAGUUUUUUUUUCAUUUAGUUGUCCUUUGUAAUUCCCGGUGUUAAUUUGGUGUUUGGUCAUUAUAAUGUGGGCUAUCUAUUAGUACGUACUCCACAUAAGAUGCUGUUUCGUAUUUCACCAAUUAAAAAAAUUGAAGCAAGUCAAAGUAGUUAAAAACAAAUUUGU